AUGUCGGGCUUGUGCUUUGAUCAGCUAGACGAUAAUAUAUCAGUAGAAUUUCAUGGUAACGAUGAUGGUAUAGUGCCAAACUCCGCGUAUGAGGGCAGUAGCAGGAAGAAACAAAGACAUGAAGACAGGUGUAGCGGAAAAUACCACUUAAAGAGUAAUACUUUUAUCAAGAGGGAGGACGAUAUGUUAGGAAGAAAUCACUGGUCUGAGAAUAAUAGUGCUGUCUCUCCGGUUUCUCGUGAUGCUGGACCAGACAAAGAUGUUCAGGAUAUGACACUUGAGGAUGCAAAGAUCUCAGGUCAUGGCUUCAACGGUGGCCACGUCAACGUGGCUGAGAAUUUCAGCUCCGCCGAUCCCAUGUUGUGUGACAGUUCCACUGCAACAAAUGAUGGCGUAUAUAAUAAUUAUUCCGUCAACAACAUUCCAGAUGCUGAUAAUAAUCUCAGUUUUUUGAAUAGUGGAGAUAAAGAAAGCAAUGAUCUCUUCUAUGGCUGGGGUGAUAUUGGGAAUUUUGAAGAUGUGGACAAUAUGCUUAGGAGCUGUGAUUCAACUUUCGGGUUGGAGAGUAUUGAUAAUGAAGAUAACUUGUGCUGGUUCUCUUCUGCUCAGCCAAAUGAAGAUACAGAAAUCGCGAUGACAGAUGAUAUAAAACCAGACACAAUGAUGGGAAACCAAAGAACCCCUUUGUUGCAGGUUGAAGACUUUCUUAACAGCAGUGAGUCUAACCAUGCUGUUGAAGAUGAAUAUGGUUAUACCGCUGUCACCGGCUCAACUCAAGGAAACUCCUCAGAAAAAGGAUAUGAUACAAGUUUGCAGAAGAGUGAUAUACUGAUGCUGGAUGAAGAGGCUAACCUUGAAAAGAAGCAGACUGGUCAUCUUCAUCAUCUUGAUGGGAAAAUUGGUGGGUACUCGGAGAAUAGUUUUACUUUACAAAACAGCGGUGUUACCAGCGAAAGAAUGGACACAAGUCAGUAUUACCCUCCCUCCGCAUUCCAACAACCAGGUGUUCCAUACUCGCACUACAAUUAUGAGCAGCCUUCAGAUCAAGUAUCAGCGUGUGAAAGUGAUUCUGGUAUCAAAUCUGAGAACAAACCCAAUCCUUCCUCUGCUUCAAAUGAGUCAUACACAUCAAAUCAGGCACAAUCUGUCGAGAGCUUACAAGGUCCAACUGUUGAUGAUCGGUGUAGGAAGGGAUUUGAGAAGAGAGUUAAUUUGCACCCCGGGCAAGAUUUACCUUCUUUUGCUGCAAAUACCAGGAAGAGUAGUAAGACAAAUCCCAUGGUGUUUCCUGAUGCUGCUCCGAUCCAAAAGAUCGGGAUUGAGGACGAUCACAGAAAAGCUGCAGCUAAAUUGGAAACAUCAAACAGGCAGGAAAAUUCAUGUGUUAGCUCUGUAGUUGAUGACAUUUCACUGGAAGCAACAAGUUUUCGCCAGCUUCAGCAAGUUAUAGAACAGUUGGAUGUUAGGACGAAGCUUUGCAUAAGGGACAGCUUAUAUAGAUUGGCAAAAAGCGCCGAGCAGAGACACAUUUGUAUGGAUCCAAAUGGUGGAAACAGACAAGUGAAAGGUGCUGGCUCGCAUCUCGAGACUGGUGAAACAGACAAGUACGUGGGAUUCUUGGAUAUAGAAACUGAUACAAACCCGAUAGACCGAUCCAUAGCUCAUUUGCUGUUUCACAGACCCUCAGACUCAUCUCUUUCAUCAGAUCACGAUGUUCUUUCUUAUAAAUCCCAUCCAAUGAUUCCUCAGCCCAACAGUAGUCCGAGCCUGAGGAUAGAGAAACAAGAGGAACCUCGAGAACUUAGAACCGAAGCAGAAGCUGUGGCAAGUGACAACAAGUAG